GAAAGAAAAUUGUAGAAUUUGAAACGAAGCAUUGUAAAGUAAAGACGCGUUUUACGUCGAAGAGCUUAAUAUUGUGCGCUUUUAAUUGAUUUUCAAUACGUUUAAUUGCUGAAUAUUUGCAAAAUAAUUGAAAAGCUAUCUUUUGUAAGAAGUGUAAACAGAAAACUACAACAAAAUGUCGCUAUUUGGCUCAUUAAUGGGAGAUUUCGAUGAUGACCUGGGUAUGAUGGGCAAUCACAUGAAUGCCAUGAACAUGCAAAUGCGCCAAAUGAAUCGUUUGAUGAACUCAUUCAUGCCUGACCCAUUCAAUAUGCUGGCUCCAUUCGAUGCAGGCUUCCAACAGAACGCGCUCAUGGAGCGUGCCAAUACACAUGCUGGUAACCCAAUGGGUGGACUUUUUGGUUUUCCCGCAAUGCCAAAUAUGAAUCGACUGCUGAGUGCGGAUAUUGGCGCACCAAAUGGAGCUUCUUAUUGCUCCAGCUCCGUUAUCACUAUGUCCUCUGGCCCUGAUGGUCGUCCACAAAUCUAUCAGGCCACCAGUAGUACCAAGACCGGCCCAGGUGGCAUACGUGAAACACGUAAAACAGUGGAAGAUUCAAGACGUGGCAUGAAGAAAAUGGCAAUCGGCCACCACAUUGGCGAACGUUCACAUAUAAUUGAAAAAGAACAAGACUUACGUUCGGGUCAAUUGGAGGAACGUCAAGAGUUCAUAAAUUUGGACGAAGAUGAAGCAGAGGAUUUUGAUCGUGAAUUCACCAAUCGUUCACGUAUGAGUGUACGUGGUGCGCGUCCACAAGAGAUGAUCACAAUCGAAUCGGCUGAUGAUGACGAUGAUACACGUGCGCGUCAUUAUAGCAGACAUCACGGCAGUGGCGGACAGCAUCGUAGACAUUUACCAGCAUUGCCCGCACCACCACAACAACAGAAUAGCUCUCCAUUGUCCACCUCAUCAUCGGUCGAAACGUUGAACUCCAACUCUAAUGACAAACAGCCGACAAAGCGCGUCGCCGCCACCACCACAAACAUCAAUAAGGCUACAUUAACAACUGGUAGUAAGAUUAGAGAGGACGCCGCCAACACCACUAACAACAACAGCUACUUGACAUCAUCUUCUGCAACACGUCGCUCGCCAGCCGCCGGCUACCAACGUGGCAUUUCAGCGCGACGUCCAUUGCGUACACCGCCAUCGUCACCCCUUGCCACCGCACCGACCAAUCAUAGCCACAGCACAGCGCCAACGACAAGUGUACACCCCCAUCCAUAUAAUGCCGCGGCUGCACGACGUAAUUAUCGUUCGAAACAUACUAAACAACAUCAACAACCACAUCAGCCGCAAACAUUGACCAUCACUGAGAUAAUCGACGAUGAUGAUGAUGAAGAUGAUGUGGUGCAGACACCAGCAGGAGCAGUAAUCGUUGAGGAGGAGGAGGACGAUGAUGCAGCAGAAGCCACAACAGUGAUCAAUCCAGCAGCAGCCGCAGCAGCAGCAGCAGCAGGUCACGCCACAACGGCAAAUGCAACAACUCAUACAUCGACUCAACAACACUAAAACAAGAAUCAUACAAAAAAUAUUCUUAUUACAUACAUACAUACAUACAAACAUAUAAAUAAUAUCUAAUAAAUGGCGCGUGGGAGUAUGUGUUGUAAACGCUAAAUAUGUAUGAAUGAAGACGUACGUCGUACAUAAUAUUUUAAGUAGAGUUGAUGACCGCGUUGAUAAUAAUGAAAAUGUUCAAAGGAAUUUUUUUUCGUCGUAUUGGAGUACUGAUUGAUGAGGCGAGUAGGCGAGUAGCGAGUAGCAGCAGCAAGCGCUAGAAUUUUAAUUGCAUAGUUAAAUAGAGGGAAGUGAAGCCAGAGAGGAAUAUGUAGGAUCGUAGUGCAUACGCAUAUUAGGCAGUUGAGUUGCGUAUAUUUUUUUGUUUAUAGAUUUUAAAGCUAUGGGGGCAUAUAAUAAACACAACAAAAUGUUGAAAUCAAUAAAAGCAACAAACAAGCGAACAUUAUAAUCUACCUUAGGAUAACACUUAAAACCCUUCUUAUCAUUUAUCUAUGUAUCUAGUAUUGUAAUACAUGAAAACAACAUGAAAACAACAUCAACACUUUCUAAUAUUUCAGAAAUCUCUAACUCGCGCAAUGCAGGGCAAAAAAUAAUUUGAGAAAUAAAAACAUUCUAAAGCAGUUGAUGAGUAAUGACGAAAUCUAUAUAUGUGAAACAACAAAUCUAAUAAAUUUCUAUUAUUGAUUUUGCAAUGGUACAAUUACAUAACAUUGACAUAAAUAUAUGUGAAAUAAUGCUUUGCUUUGCCGUAGCUGCUGCUCUAUUCAGUGCUUAUACAAUUUUAUUCAUAAAUUACCCAAAUCCCUUUAAAUAUAAACAAAAAACUUUUUGAUUUCCUUACAUAUAUUACAUACAUACAAACAUACAUAUAUUAAACAAUUAAUAAUAUAAUAUAAAUUCUAAACUUUAGCUAUGUAUUACGGAAAAGCAUAUUUGGGAUUUUUUUUUUAACAAUGCCAUUACAGAAAAUGUUAUUCGUUUGAUGAAAUAUGAAAUAUACAUAUAUCUAAGCUAUUGAUACACCAGAAAAUAUAAACAAUUCAAUAUUAUAUAAUAACUGACGGUAAGCUUCCAACAACAAACAUUAAUGCAAAUUGUAGAUUUUUUCCCCUGCACCUAAGACAUUUUGGAAAUUUCGCACGCAGGCAGCCAAUUUUUUUUCCAACUUAAAACUAAAAAAAUAAAAUAUUUUAGUUUAUUUAUUUUUUAUAUUUAAAUAAAUGACAGUUAAAAAGCGUUUUGAAAAUAGAAAUUUUGAAAAUCCGGUAUAUUAAAAAAAAUUCUUUGAAAAAAAAAUUAAACAAAAAAAAAAAAAACGUUUGUAGAGCUGAGCUGCAAAAGCGUGCGUCAAAUUGCAAUUUCAAUUUAGGUAAACAGCGAAAAUAGUUGUGUAUAGAAAGUUAAUGCAUAGUUAAAGCGCAGGAAACAAAUCAAACAUUCUUAGACUUAAAACAAAUCAAUAUAAAUAGUAAUCUAGCAGUUACAAAAUUAUUAUUUAUAUUUUCUUAAUUUUGCAAUAUAUUGAAUUAUUUGUAAAUUUUAGUUUGUUUAUUUUUAAAUCAAAAAAUAAAUAUUUUAGUAAAACAAUAUUUUUUAAAAAAUUUUAUUUAGAAUUUUGAAAACAUGUUUCGAAAAGAAAACUUCAAUAGUACUUGUAUUUUAUUUUAUUAUUCCGGUUAUCGAUAAAGUAAAUCACCGACGUUUAAAAUAUUUUUAUCAGAGAAUUGUAAGUUUGUUCAUUUUUCCAUAAAUUUGUUUGGGUAGCACUUAUUAAGAUCAACUACAGUGUAGUCAAUAUCAUAAGAAUUGUAAACAGCUGAAUUAUAGAAAGAAAGAGAAGUUCGAUUCUAAUAAAAUAAUAAACGAAUAAUUACCAUCAACCCAAAAA